ACCUAGAAAAAUUCCUUAAAUUAAAGUAUAAUCUUAGGUAUUAGUUUGUUUUGAAAUAUAAAUAAGCAAAGCCUACAUUUUGUGCAGUAAAAAUUAAACAACACAUCCACAAUUAUAAUCCUUUGUUCGUAACCAGCAAAAAAAGCUCUACGAAUUAUAAACUUGAUGAUUAAAUUUGCAUUAAAUCAUUUUAAAAUUUCAUAUUGUGCAUAUGUGUAUGUGUGCAUCCAUUGAAAUAUUCCAAGCUUUUGUGGAAUUGACAAUUAAAGGAAAAAUAAAUAUUUAAAAAAAAACAUUUAAAAAUGCAAUAAUAAAUUUAAAGUAGAUUUGGUUCAACUCAACAAAAUAAACGUGAGAAAAAACGAGAUUGAAAAAUUGUUGCGGCACAUUGUUUUUCACGCUUGCAUACACCCGUGUAAUAAUAACAGCAACACACUGACUGGCCACUGACAUCAUCAUCUUUAUCACUGGAUUUUCAAAAUGACCACAGAUCUGCUAUUUCCUAAAAUUGCGGAUUGUUCAUACGUUUCAUGUUAUUGUGAAGAAAAUGUUUGGAAACUUUGCGAACAAGUUAAGAAAACCCGUAUCGACGAACUUUCUAAAUGUUAUGCUGUGUUUGUAUCAAAUGAGGGUCGUACCGUGCCCUUAUGGCGCCAAAAGGCAGGACGUGGAGAUGACCAAGUUGUGAUAUGGGACUAUCAUGUAUUUUUUAUGCACAAUCCUUCCCCAAAUAGAUGUCUGGUAUUCGAUUUAGAUACGACCCUUCCAUUUCCAACAUAUUUCCAUAAAUAUGUAACAGAAACAUUUCGUUCCGAUUUAGCUUUAAGGCAAGAACAUCACAGAUUCUUUCGAGUAAUACCUGCUGAAACAUAUCUUGCUGAAUUCUCAUCAGAUCGAAGGCAUAUGAGAAGGCCAGAUGGCAGCUGGAUAAAACCUCCACCCUCAUAUCCGCCCAUACAAUCAUGUAGUAAUGCCCAUACUUUGGGUGAUUUCAUUUGCAUGAGUCCCGGCAAAGGUCCUGGUACGGUCUACAGUCUUUCCGAGUUUGUUCAAACCUUUUAUAAAUCACCAAAUGUUGUGGCGCAACAAAAUAAUAAAUAAUAUCAUCCAAUAGCUAUUUUAAAGGUGUAACUAUUAGUUAAAUAUAAUUGAGAAUUCCCAUUUAAGAAAUUUAAUAUUACAAUUACAUACUAACAACAUUAAGACUACCGCACUUUAAAGUAAAAAAAGAUAAAUCAAAUAUAACAUCAAACAAACGGAAAAAGAAUCAUACUGUAAUAAUAAUAAUAAUAAGGAUUUUGUUUUUCAUAAUUUGGCUUAAUACGUUAUUUUUAACAUUUUUAUGAGCCCAAAAGCAUUCACAGUUGUUUAUAAUCAACUACAUUUUCCUCCUUCAUGAGAAAGUUUCUCCCAAACCAUGAUUAUUGUAUUUGACAUCGUGAUUAUGCACCCCAGUUGCAAAAUCACUUGAAUGCCAAAUCCACCGGCUGUGAUAAAUGGGUUAGUACAUAAAUUUAAAUGCUAAAACAUUUCUAACUCAAGUGGAAUCAUCAAUCGUUAAGAUGUAUUUCCUUUAUAAUAAAGACCCCGAUAUAAAUUAUAUACAGCCGAACGAACAUUCAUACGAAAUUAUAUCUAUAGUCGUAUUUGUAUUAUUUUUCUUAUAUUUAAAACAAAAUGACUUUAAUUGCUGAAAGUAUAAAUUAUGAUACCAAUUUCAAUAGUUUUGUAUAUUAAUAAUUCUUACGUUUAUUAACCGUCAUUAAAAUCUUAAUAAAUUCGAAAAAAUAUUCAACAAAAAACCAAAGCUAAUUAAU